UGCUGGCGCGGCACGGGCAGCCAUGGCGGCCGAGGAGGAAGUGAUGGGCUCGGUGGACCCCGGGGAGAGGUCAGGAUGGCUAACUGGUUGGCUUCCCACAUGGUGCCCUACGUCCACAUCACACCUUAAAGAAGCUGAAGAGAAAAUUUUAAAAUGUGUUCCCUGCACGUACAAAAAAGAGCCUGUUCCUAUAUCUAAUGGAAACAAAAUAUGGACCCUGAAAUUCUCUUAUAAUAUUCCAAACAAGACACCACUUGUCCUCCUCCAUGGUUUUGGAGGAGGGCUUGGACUCUGGGUGCUAAAUUUUGAGGAUCUUUCCACUAAUCGGCCUGUUUAUGCAUUUGACCUGCUGGGCUUUGGACGAAGUAGUAGACCCUGGUUUGACAGUGAUGCAGAAGAAGUGGAGAACCAGUUUGUAGAAUCCAUUGAAGAGUAGAGAUAUGCCCUAGGAUUGGACAAGUUAAUCUUGCUUGGACACAACCUGGGUGGAUUCUUGGCUGCUGCUUACGCACUAAAGUAUCCAUCAAGGGUUAAUCAUCUCAUUUUAGUGGAGCCUGGGGGUUUUCCUGAGAGACCUGACCUUGCUGACCAAGACAGACCCAUCCCGGUGUGGAUCAGAGCCUUGGGCGCUGUGCUGACUCCUUUUAACCCUUUAGGUGGCCUCAGAAUCGCAGGACCCUUUGGCUUAAGUUUAGUGUAACGUUUAAGACCCGAUUUCAAGAGGAAGUAUUUAUCCAUGUUUGAAGAUGAAACUGUGACCGAGUACAUCUACCACUGCAAUGUCCAGACUCCAAGUGGUGAAACAGCUUUCAAAAAUAUGACGAUUCCUUACGGAUGGGCAAAAAGGCCAAUGCUCCUGCGAAUCGGUAAAAUGCACGCUGACAUCCCGGUCUCAGUCAUCUAUGGCGCCCGGUCCUGCAUAGAUGGCAACUCCGGCAGCAGCAUCCAGUCCCUGCGACCACACUCAUACGUGAAGACCAUAGCCAUCCUUGGAGCGGGGCACUACGUGUAUGCAGACCAGCCAGAAGACUUCAACCAGAAGGUGACGGACAUCUGCAACACCGUAGACUGAGCGUGGGAGCCGUGUGGGCAGCUGGUGACUGAUGGGACCACCUCUGCAGUAAUCUGCGGCCCCCCAGGAAGAGCAAGGGUGCAGAGCGCACCAACCACACGGGUUUCUCGACUGCCCUCUGCGCAUGUUUUCCCUCUGCGGUAACUUGCACAUUUACACCAGAUAGUGCCUUCCAGAAACAUGGCUUUCCUUUCCUCCACAUAAAAUGGAA